AUGGAAAAGCAGGCAUAUGAUGAUACUUCCCAGUUCCCGACUCCCAGCCAACAAGAGAAGACGCUUGUAGCAUCGAGGGGACAGGAUAGCAGAAUGGAUACGGCUGAAGAGCAAGAGCCAGAAAUAGAGCGACAAGAGUAUAUCACUGGCUUUGCGCUUGCGUUGCUGCUGUCGGCUUUGACGUCUGCCGUCCUUCUUGUGCUUAUUGAUACUUCUAUAGUGGCCCCGGCAAUUCCCCAAAUCACAAGCCAAUUUCAUUCUCUUUCUGAUGUGGGAUGGUAUGGUAGUGCAUAUCAGCUUACUAGUGCAUCUUUUCAACCACUCACAGGGAAACUAUACACACACUUCAACACGAAGAAAACGUUCAUUGUGCUGCUGGGCAUUUUCAUGGUCAGCUCUUUGAUUUGUGCUUUGGCAUCUAGCUCGAAAAUGCUCAUUGUUGCACGGGCAUUGGCAGGCAUCGGAGCUUCAGGUAUCCAAAAUGGUGCCUUGACAAUUAUUACGAGAUCCUUUCCCCCGAAGAAACAAGCACCCAUGACGGCCAUCUUGCUGGCGAUUGCUCAGCUCGGCCUUGUCCUCGGACCAUUGAUUGGAGGGGCGCUAACGGAGUAUGUAUCAUGGCGAUGGUGCUUCUACAUCAACCUUCCAAUCGGUGGCGUCAUUACUCUUGUCUUGCUUUUUGUCACUCUUCCAGAACCGAGAGCUACGAAUAGCCCUCUACCAACCCUUCACGUCAUCCGAGAGAAAUUAGAUCUGAUCGGAUUCUCCAUUUUCGCACCGGCCAUCAUUCAGCUCCUUCUGGCACUCGAUUAUGGCGGAAACCAAUAUCCUUGGAAUAGCGCGACAGUCAUUGGUCUGUUUUGCGGCUCAGGCGCCAUGUUCAUUUUGUUUCUGGGGUGGGAGUACCGCACUGGUAGAGACGCCAUGUUCCCUCUCUACAUGGUUUCUCAGGGAAUAGUCCAUUUCUCCUGUCUCUUUAUGUUCUUUCUCGGUGGGAUGAAUGCCUGCGCAACAUAUUAUCUUCCUCUUUAUUUCCAAGUGGUGAAGGGAGUGUCCGCGAUGAUAAGUGGUGUUUCUACACUCCCAAGCAUCACCAGUCAGUUGAUUCUUGUCAUUUGCUCCGGCUUUUUAGUGAGAAAGGUGGGCUACUAUCUUCCGUUUAGUAUCGGUAGUGGGGCUUUAUUAUCACUUGGAAACGGGAUGCUAUCUCUUCUCUCAUCAUCGACACCAACAAGAACAUGGAUUGGAUACCAGAUCCUGAUCGGAGCUGGACGGGGCCUAGGUACUCAGGCGCCCCUCCUUGCAGUCCAAACCAGCCUCCCUAAAGCCGAAACCCCCAUCGCCAUUUCUCUGCUCCUCUUUAGCCAAACUCUUGGCCAGGCAAUCUUUCUGACCCUGGGACAGGCCAUCUUCAUCAACAGCUUGAAGUCCAACCUGGCGGUAUAUGCUCCGUCCGUGGAUUCCGGAGCCGUGGUUUCUGCUGGGGCUGGAGCGAUCCGGAGCGCAGUUUCAAAGGAUAAACUGGCAGGAGUGUUACUCGCUUAUACUCGGGGGAUAGACCAUGUCUUCUAUUUGUCGGCUGGUAUAGGUGUCGGCUGCUUUUGUGUGGCAUGGGGAAUGGGGUGGAAGGAUAUAAGAAAGCACCAGCCUACAGGGGAUGAGAAGUGUAGUUAG